AUGGGCGCCUACGUCUCAAGCGCGAAUUGCGCUGCCCAUUAUGGCGUCACACCCAACUGCAGCGUGGUUCUCUCCAAGAACAACCGUACAGCAAUCUCCCUUGGUGGAUUGCAUGAAGGACAGUUCCCUGGCGACCCCGACAUUGCCGGUGCUGGUGUUCUAGGGGCAUUUUUGUGUGUGACCGUGGUAUCGCUGCUACUCGCCUUUACCAGCUCGGCGUGGUGGGCCACCAAGCAUGUGUUUGGUAUUGUCAACCGGCUAACCCGAGAAGAGAAGGCCCUGAAGAAUUGGCAGCUAUCUAUCUCAGGCAUCGUGGAAGCACUCAUCGUCACCUGCAGCGACCAGCAAGUCUUCACAGGCGGCGCCUACGCCAUCACACUCCGUUACGCCAAAGCCUGCUCCGUCUCCGCCUACCACUACAACAUCGUCGCCAACAUCCUCCUCGUUACCUGCGCCACCCAUCUCAUGGCUGUCACCGUCUCUCGCCACUACUGGGAGCACCCUUACGUCGGCGUCCUGCGCAUCAUCGUCACGACGUUAGUGUUUGUCGUGACGGGGGUCUUGUUAGCCAACCAGGGCUCUGGGUCAUUUGGGUUCCCGACUGAGGUGCCCCAGAUAACAGAUCAGUACAGCCUGAUGUUGCUGCCGGCUGCGUGCUUCCAGACGGGGGAGUUUGUGUUCGACAAGGAACUGGAUAAGGCGCUCAAGGCGGGUUCGUUACCGGCUUUUUUUACGGGACCGAUCCAUGGGUUCGCCAACUACUUGAUCAUGUUUCUGUUUUACGUUCUCUCCGUUGGGGUGAGCUUGGGACGGAUUAUUCGCCGAGGGAUGCACCACGACGGGAGGAGGAAGAAGUCCGUUGCGUGGUUGAGGAACGCGAUGCCGGCCUUGUUUCGGGUUAAGAAGAUCUUUUACAGCAUCUUUGGGUUUUAUCUGUUUGCUGGGAUUGCCAUUUCGACGUGGACCGUGGUGAACGCUGCGAUCUACGUCUAUCAGUUGCGUUGGUGGUUGGACAGUUCUAACUGGAUCCAACUUACCAACGGGAUCAACCCGGAGAAUGACCCGUCCACUUUUGGCCAGCUCGUUCCACUCCUCUUGAUGUCACUCACUGUGUUUACUUUUCUCCAAAUUCUCAGCCAACGCAUCCGGGCCCGUGAAAAGCGCGACGACCGCCUUGAGUACGCUUCCAUCAGCGACGCUGGGAACCACCGCGACCACAAUCCCAGCGAAUACGCCAACAGUAUAGCCCCGGCCCAGGACCGUGCAUCCCUUGCCCCAUCUCGCCGUAGUCGGUACUCGACUAUGUCGGGCGUCGAGAUGGCCUCGAUACACGAGCACGAGCACGAGCGCGAGGAGUUGUACGACUAUCCCGAGCAGGAGAAGAAGGACAAGUCCAACACGGUAGUUGCAGUACGAGCGGUGGAUGAACUUGACUCGGAACCCGAGUCGACGGCCAUCGGCGUUGAAUCCCCAGACAUGGGAUACGCAGGACUUAAUUUCCCACCACGGCAGCGUAAACCGUCUGACGCUGAGACGCCUGCGUCGGAAGAUGAGCAUGCAUACCUACAAUCGCCUAUCCAGGAGGAUGCUCAGAUGAUUACGGCUACGCCUGUACUUGAUCAGGAGGGGCCGUAUGACGGGCGUGAUUUCGAUGGACACGAGGGGGCCGACCUGGGGUCUCGUCGGAACAGCGGUAGGAUAUGA